GUGACCGAUCUCAUUCGACCAUAUGCAAAUUUACUUUAAAUGGCAAAUAAGGAAUCCCCCAUUCAUUGGGCUGUGGGAUUAUAGAUCCACUUCGCUGGGCUAUGUGGGGUUACAGGUCCCCCCUCGCUGGGCUAUGUGGGGUUACAGGUCCCCCUUCGCUGGGCUAUGUGGGGUUACAGGUCCCCCAUUCAUUGGGCAGUGGGAUUGAAAAUUCCCUUCGCUGGGCGGCGUGGGGUUACAGGUCCCCCUUCGCUGGGCGGCGUGGGGUUACAGGUCCCCCUUCGCUGGGCUAUGGGGGGUUACAGGUCCCCUUCGCUGGGCUAUGGGGGGGUUACAGGUCCCCCUUCGCUGUGCGGGGUGGGGUUACAGGUCCACCUUCGCUGGGCGGCGUGGGGUUACAGGUCCCCCUUCGCUGGGCGGCGUGGGGUUACAGGUCCCCCUUCGCUGGGCUAUGGGGGGGUUACAGGUCCCCCUUCGCUGGGCGGCGUGGCGUUACAGGUCCCCCUUCGCUGUGCGGGGUGGGGUUACAGGUCCACCUUCGCUGGGCGGCGUGGGGUUACAGUUCCCCCUUCGCUGGGCUAUGGGGGGUUACAGGUCCCCCUUCGCUGGGCUAUGGGGGGUUACAGGUCCCCUUCGCUGGGCUAUGGGGGGGUUACAGGUCCCCCUUCGCUGUGCGGGGUAGGGUUACAGGUCCCCCUUCGCUGGGCGGCGUGGGGUUACAGGUCCCCCUUCGCUGGGCGGCGUGGGGUUACAGGUCCCCCCUCGCUGGGCGGCGUGGGGUUAUAGGUCCCCCUUCGCUGGGUGGCGUGGGGUUACAGGUCCCCCUUCGCUGGGUGGCGUGGGGUUACAUGUCCCCCUUCGCUGGGCGACGUGGGCUUACAGGUCCCCCUUCGCGGGGCUAUGGCGGGGUUACAGGUCCCCCUUCGCUGUGCGGGGUGGGCUUACAGGUCCCCCUUCGCUGGGCGGCGUGGGGUUACAGGUCCCCCUUCGCUGGGCGGCGUGGGGUUACAGGUCCCCCUUCGCUGGGCUAUGGGGGGUUACAGGUCCCCCUUCGCUGGGCGGCAUGGCGUUACAGGUCCCCCUUCGCUGGGUGGCGUGAGGUUACAGGUCCCCCUUCGCUGGGCUAUGGGGGCUUACAGGUCCCCCUUCGCUGGGCGGCGUGGGUUUACAGGUCCCCCUUCGCUGGGUGGCGUGAGGUUACAGGUCCCCCUUCGCUGGGCGGCGUGGGCUUACAGGUCCCCCUUCGCGGGGAUAUGGGGGGUUACAGGUCCCCCUUCGCUGGGCGGCGUGGCGUUACAGGUCCCCCUUCGCUGGGCGGCGUGGGGUUACAGGUCCCCCUUCGCUGGUCGGCGUGGGGUUACAGGUCCCCUUCAUUGAAGGGUGAGAGGUGGAUGGGACAGUUGUGCUUAUUUGGAGGUGAAAUAGUUUUGAUUAAUGUUGAAUGUCACAGUGUUGAAUGUAAAUUGCUGAUGAUAUUGCUGUUGUCAAUGAUCUGGUAUUUUCUGUCCAUUUACACUAUUGAGCAGCAUCCCCUGAGCUCGUGAGAGUGAGUGUCAAAGUCCUGGUACAUAUCUGACUCUAGAGUGAGAUCCCUUCAGUACUCUGUGAUGAUUCCUUGGUUUCAGAUACACUAAGCAUCCUUUCCUACAGUCCAGGAGAUUAAUGAAACAACAGCUUCAGUCUCUGUAACACUCAAUAUCAGCCUUAACCAGAAUGUAACGUGGUCUGUUUUAACAGUAUUGUUAUCUCCCCAUCUUAGAUAGCUUGAUAGCUAUGUCGCAGUGAAGAGAAGUAUUUUCUAAAUUGUAAAUGUGUUCACGGUUUGUGCUUUUUAUACCUAUGCCAUGUUGUUCAGGGCUAAUUGAUUGAGGUAAACAGCUUGCUUUAUUUCACUUAUUUUGGAAGAGGAGAAGGCCAUUCAGCCCAUCUCACUUCUUCCACACUCUAUUGGAUCAUCACCAAUCUGUGCCAUCUCCUCAUUUAACCCACGUUCCUUUAUCUCCCUUGGCACUCUUACACAACAAAUGUCUCAAAUGCUUAAUUUUGUAGAUUUCAGCUGACCCUGAACAUUCUGUGAGGUGGAGGUGGAGGUGGAGGUGGAGGUGUUGAACUUGUGUGGACAAAGUCAGAAGUCUCACAACACCAGGUUAUCGUCCAAAGGUUUAUUUAAAAUCACAAGCUUUCGGAGCACUGCUCUUCCACCUGAUGAAGGGGCAGCGCUCUGGAAGUUUGUGAUUUCUAGCAAAUUGGUCUAUAACCUAUGUUGUGUGGUUUCAGACUAUUUCCAGUUCCAGCUGUGACGUGAACCUAGGCCUCCUGGCUCAGGAGUAAGGACACUACCAAUGCACUACAAGAAUCCAUUCCUGCUUUCAGUACAUUGUAAAGUUGUUUACUGGAUCAUGGUUUUUAGGAGUUCAGAGUCAGUUCCCCUCACUUUUAAACACCAUCAUGAUGUUGCUUCUAGGAAAACAUUUCAUAGCGACUGAAGUUACUGAACCUUAACCUGAGCAAGGAGAGUUGGCAAUGCUGCUCCUCCUGUUCCAGGGGGCUGUUCUCCACAAACAAACAGAAUCUCUCCAAGCCUUGAGCCUUUUCUGAAUUACUCGAACUCAGAGACCCUAGAGCAAGCACCCUGUAGUUCAAUCCAUGAAUGGGCAAGAGCAUUGCAGAUGGAGUAUAAUGCAGGAAAUUGAGAGAAUGUAGAAGAACAAGUGUACAGAGUAUUUCUUAAAUGGUAAGAAGUUGGAAAGUGCAGUUGUACAGAGAAAGUCCUUGUCAAUAAGUCACUGAAGGGCAACAGGCUAUUUAGAAAGUGAAUGGAAUGUUAGCCUUUAUUGUGUGAGGACUUGAAUGCAUGAGUACUGGAGUCUCGCUCCAUUGUUUGAGCUUGGUUAGACCUUGCCCUGAAGUAUUGUGGGCAAAAUCUUAUCUCACAAACGAUACUGCCACCAAGUGAGUUCAUCUGAAUUGUUCCCAGGGAUGCAGGUCUUUUCUUGAAGAGAGGUGGGACAAGCUGGGUCUGCAUUCUCUAGACUUUUGAAGAAUGAAAAGUGAUCUCAUUGAAACCUAAAAUACUUUCAGGAACAGACAGGCUAGAUGUAGGAAGAUGCUUGAACAGUUCAGGCCAAUACUCUCUGGAAUUUAGAAGGGUGAGGGGAGAUCACACUGAGGUAUUCAAGGUGAUAAAAGGUGUGGAUACAGUAGAUGUGGAGCAGAUGUUUCCUCUUGUGGGGCAUUCUAGGGUUAGGAUCAAGGGUAGUAAAUUUUAAAAUUAGAGUUGAAGAGAAACUACUUCUCCCAAAGGGUUUUGAAUCUGUGGAGUUUGCCACCCCAACGUGGGGUGGAUGCUGAGACAGUGAAUAAAUUUAAGGAGUUAGACAGAUAUUUAGUUGGUAAUAGGUUGAAGGGUUGUGGGGAGAAGCCAGGAAAAUGGGGGUGAGGAGCAUGUCAGCCAUGAUCAAAUGGCGGAGCGGACUAAAUGGGCCGAAUGGCCGAAUUCUGCUCCUAUAUCUAUGAACUCUUGUUUCCCCGAGUUGGUUAAUCUAGAAUCGGGCAAAAUUUAAUAAGAAGGAGGAUGCUGCUGAGGUCCGUGAUGAGGUGAUUCUUUGGAAUUCACUACCACAGGGAAUUUCGGAGGCACAGUCUUUGAGUAUUUUUAAGAUGGAGAUUGGUAGAUUGCUGAUUACAGGGUUUUGGGAAUGGAGUGACUAAAAGACUUUGAAGUGUUCAAUCAGCCAUGAUUGUAUUGAAUAGUGGGGCAGAUUCAUUGAGCUGAGUGGAGAGUG